UCCCGGUUCCAAAUCGAAUGCAAUCAACGCUAACCCGGUACAACCGGGGCAUGUCCGGAGCAUUAAUAUAAUCCCCUAACUGAGACGGUUUUUGGGCGCGUGCCCAGUAUCCUCAUUUGGCCCCUGUUGUCUUGCGCGGCGCCUGCGUUGUCGAGAAAGGUUUCUUGCUGGUUGCCUCUCGCGGCCUUAAUUGUGUAAAUUCGGCUUCCGGAGCUAGAUACUUUCUGUAAUAGCAAGAAAAGACCGGUUGGCAUCGAUUAUUGCAUAUUUCCUUAAAUUAGCUAGUGUGAGGAAAUAUGUUUGUUUAAUAUCUUAACAGCCAUACAUUCAUGCAUAGCUAGCUCAUUCUAGUAAUGUAACGGUUGCUUGUUAGCCAGCUCACAGUCUAGUUAACGCCGACGUCUAAAACCUAGCUGACGAGCUUAGCAAAUGCUAACCCUUCAUAGCUAGCUCUACGUUGCUUGCUUACGUUGGAUAUUGUUAUUUACCUGCUUGCUUAGCUAGGUCUAUGAGACUGCUGGAAACUAUACGGACCUACCUCAUCACUAUAGUUAGGUAUCUGAAUAAUUUGGUUGGCAGGAUAUAUAUGUGGGAGUAACGUUCAUUCCCGAGUCCGGGCAAGAAGUACCCGGAAGGGACGCGCAACUGCCGCCUUUGUUGAUGUAUGAUCAAGCUAACAUUACUGUAGACAAUAGCUAAUAGUUGCAGCGAUUAGACUGUGUGGGAUCCGGCAAUCAAGCUUUCAAGUCUAAUUUGGGAUAAAUGGUUCGAAAAGAAAGCCCAGCACUGAUUUAGCUGCAUCACUAUCACCACCACAGCCAGUCUGCAUCUCCUGUCCCCACUACCUCCAUCCAGUCCCCUGUGCCUGCCUGUCUUGUCUGCUCUGAGAGAGACCGGUCUAUCUGGGCUAUACAGAGCAACGAAGAACAAACACAGCCGACAUUGAAGCACCAGCACUGACUGGUUUUUGGCUCUAGAGACCACACCAAGGACUUAGACAGAGCCCAGUUGGAGGGGGAACAGAAGGAGGAGUUGCUACUUUAGUUUUUUUGCUGCAGAGGUCUUCAUCCUGGUCCUGGGACACUGCGUAUUGUUUUGGUCAACACCCCUGCUCUGUUCUGCCCUGCCGACAUCAGCCAACGGUGGUGUCACAAAGCAGAGGGGUCUCUGUACCCUGUUGUCACUUUGAUUUAUUCUGGCACAUUCCCCCCCCGGGUUGGUUUUGAGUCAUCACCGCUGUCUGCCUGCCGACAUCAGUCAUCACAAAGCAGCGGGGUCUCUUUCUGUAGGUGUCUGCAGUAGCUUUUAGGUUAUUUAUCCCCCCCCAUUUGGUUUUGGAGCCCGGUUCUUUUACCGGCUGCUUGAACUGCUGAAACUGGGGCGCGAUUCAUGGGAUGCAACCAUGUCGGAUCUCAGUGAGCGCAGGCCAGUUAACAUGGACUACGCGGUCUCCCUGCUGGAGCAGCUCAACUUCUUCUAUGAGCAGAAGUUACUGACUGACGUGGUGCUGCUGGUGGAGGACAACGAGUUCCCAUGUCACAAGAUGGUCCUGGCCACAUGUAGCUCCUAUUUCAGGGCAAUGUUUAUGAGUGGUCUGUCUGAGAGUAAACAGACUAAUGUUCACCUGAAGAACGUGGACCCUGCCACUCUCCAGAUCAUCAUCACCUACGCCUAUACAGGCAACCUGGCUAUCAAUGACAGCACCGUGGAGCCACUCUAUGAGACCGCCUGCUUCCUACAGGUAGAGGAUGUGCUACUGCAGUGCAGGGACUACCUGGUGAAGAAGAUCCAUGCAGACAACUGUGUCCGGAUGCUGAGCAUCGGGGAUCUGUUCUCCUGUGUGGAGCUGAAGCAGAGCGCCAAGCGCAUGGUGGAACACAAGUUCCCCGUGGUCUACCGUCAGGAGGCCUUCCUACAGCUGUCCCAUGAGUUGCUGGUCGACGUGCUGUGCUCAGACAACCUCAACGUAGAGAAGGAGGAGACUGUGAGGGAGGCUGCCAUGCUGUGGCUGGAGUAUAACAUGGAGGCUAGGUCCCAGUACCUGUCCUCAGUUCUCAGCCAGAUCCGCAUCGACGCUCUCUCCGAGGUGACUCAGCGUGCCUGGUUCCAGGGCCUACCGCCUAACGACAAGUCUGUCGUAGUGCAGGGCCUCUACAAGUCCAUGCCCAAGUUCUUCAAACCCCGCCUUGGCAUGACAAAGGAGGAGAUGCUUAUCUUCAUGGAGGCCACGUCAGAGUGGCCAUCUGACAUGGGUCAGGUGAUGGCGGGCCCCAACCACACGGUGGUGUGUUACAGCCCGCAGGCCGAGAAGGUCUACAAGCUCAGCAAUCCGCCCGGCGACCUCCAGAAGGUUGGGACGCUCGUCACACCCGACAACGACGUGUUCAUUGCCGGCGGGCAAAUCCCGCUGAAGAACUCGAUCGCCAACCACGGGAAAAGCGGCGGCAAGCAACAGGCAGUGUUCCGCUCAGUGGAUAGCUUCUUCUGGUUUGACGCCCAGCAGAAUGCCUGGGUGCCUAAGACGCCCAUGCUAUGUGCCCGCAUCAAGCCCUCUCUGGUCUACUGCGAGGGUUACAUCUACGCCAUCGGGGGUGACAACGUAGGCGGGGAGCUAAAUAAACGUACCGUAGAACGCUAUGACUGUGAGAAAGACGAGUGGGCUAUGAUGAGCCCCCUCCCUUGCGCCUGGAACUGGACCACGUCCGUAGCAGCCCACGACUGUAUCUACGUGAUGACCCAUGACCUCAUGUACUGCUACUUUCCUCGUGCUGACACCUGGGUAGAGAUGGCCAUGAGGAAGACAAGUCGCUGCUUCGCCUCCGCUGCCACCUUCGGUGACCUCAUCUUCUACAUUGGGGGGCUCCACGUUGUCUCCAACUCGGGCGUCCGCAUGCCCACCAGCACCAUCGACGGUUCCUCCGUCACCGUGGAGAUCUACGACGUCGGCAAGAACGAGUGGCGCCUGGCCGCCAACAUCCCUGCCAAGCGCUACUCGGACCCGUGCGUGCGGGCCGUGGUGCUCCUUGGCGCUCUGUGCAUCUUCAUGCGGGAGACUCACAUGAACGAACGCGCCAAGUACGCCAUCUAUCAGUACGACCUGGAGCUGGACCGCUGGUACCUCAAGCAGCCCGUGUCUGAGCGCGUGCUCUGGGACCUGGGGAAGGACUUCCGCUGCGCCGUGGGGAAGCUAUACCCAUCCUGUCUGGAAGAAUCCCCGUGGAAACCACCCACCUACCUGUUUUCCCCUGACGGGGCUGAGGAGUUUGAGGUGGACGGGGAGAUGGUCUCCCUCCCUCACAUAUAGCUCUUAACCUUCCACCUCUCUGCCCCCAAACGGAGUCCCCGAAUUGCCCUCUGAACUCUGGGUGUGACGUGUCGAGGGAUGGACCUGAAAGCCAGAGGGGUAGGUUUGAUGUCUGUUCCAAAGGGAUCUGAGCGCUACAAGGCUGUUCUGCUGGCUGGCUGUUGCUGACAAACAAGCUUAUACAAAGCCUCAGACAUUGAAAAUAUAGGAGAAACUAAAAAGUAAUAUGGGAAAAAAAGUAGAUUUGUUUUUUUCUUUUGUCCGUUGCAACUUCAAGUCUGUUAUACUGUUUCUACAAUGUGAUAAUUGAAAGUUGACUGAUUUGUGAUGCACUUACUGGCGAAAAGCUCCUUGGAAUAACUGUACCAAAAUCCUCCUGGUCUCCACCUCUUUCUCUCUUCUAUCACCACUGUUGUAAACCCACAUCCAUCUCUCCUAGGGACACGUGGCCUGUGUCCCAGCCAUAUGGUACCCUAUUCCCUAAGUAGUGCACUAAAUAGGUAAUACGGUGCCAUUUGGGAUGCUCCUAGUAUAGGAACAUACAGGGCCAAGUGUUAGGGGGGGUUCUAGGUGGUGACUGCAGGUCCAGUCACUAUCUUUUUUUUUUCUCCCUUUUUCUUCACCUCUGCUCCAGACACGCAACCCCCUGCCUCUCCCCUCACUCCUCUAGUCCCCUGCUCACACCUGCCUGUCUCUGGCUGUGUCCCAAAUGGCACCUGACUCCCUACUUUUGACCAGGGCACAAAGGGCAACCAUAGGCUUGUUAAGCUGGCACUGUGGCGCUCUUGCCAAAAGUAGCGUCCUAUAUAGGGUUCCAUUUGGGAGGCAUCCUUAGUCAAUCUCUCUGGACACAGAUCUUCCACAGAGCCAGCCAGCGGUUUACAGAACUGAGCUCACCCUAACCAACCGCCAUCUCAUCGUCGUGAUGGGAGGUUUUAUGCCGGCUCUUUAUUUUUGACAAGCGCGGGUCUCUGCAACAACACACGCCUCCCUCACGCUAUCUCAAUACUCUCAACUAUAGAUUUUUGGGCUCAUGCAUUUAAAAAAAUAUAUAAUAAAUUCCCCCUAAGCUGCUGAAAUAUAUAUAAAAAUAUAUAUUUUUCAUGUUUAAAAAAAACUGUUAGUGUGGGGGAAAACCAGGUUCUAUUUUGUAUUAGUGUUUUUUUAAUUUUAAAUCAGACAUUACUGUAGUGUGAUUGUGUUUAGGUAUCCACCCCCCAUCAGAUUAUUUUCUUGUGUGAAAUACUGAGGAAUCUUGCUGCUGAUUGGGUCUGGGAAGGAGGGCUGGCCCAGUGCUGUUGCUAUGGAAAUUGUCCAGGCAACCACUAGCGGUAGUGGAGAACGACUGGAGGGUGGUAUGGGAGGGAAGGAGCGGACGGAGCUGCUUCAUGGUUCCUACCUUAAACAUGAGCACAGGUGCUUCAUGACAAACCUUACUAGCAUGUUUGGCUGCAUCAUGUUCCUUUGGCACUGUAUUUUGAAUGAAUGUUAAUUUAUUAAAAAACAUACCAAAAUGUU